ACGACUUGGCCGUUUUAUUGUUCUUCUCCAAGAAACGCCACAGUUUGUGUGAUCCUCCUAUUCAGCAAUCAUGGAGCAGAUCAGCGGAACCUCCGCCCUGACCGUCUUGCUGUUCCUCGUUCCACUACUGCUGAUCCUGUUAUCAUCCCUGACCCUGAGAAGCAACUCCAGCUCCAAGAAGAGGCGGCCGCCGGGUCCAUGGUCGUUCCCCUUGGUGGGCAGCAUCCACCACAUGGCCACCUCGCAGCCACAGGCCGCGCUCCGUGACCUCGCCGCGAGGCACGGGCCGGUGAUGCUCCUGCGGCUGGGGCAGGUGGACACCGUGGUGGUCUCCUCGCCGGCCGCGGCGCAGGAGGUUCUCCAGCGCAACGACCUCAGCUUCGCGUCGCGGCCGAGCCUCGUGUCCUCGGAGAUCUUCUGCUACGGCAACCUGGACCUCGCCUUCGCGCCCUACGGCGACUACUGGCGCGAGCUGCGCAAGCUCUGCGUGGUGGAGCUCCUCAGCGCGCGCAAGGUCAGGCAGCUGGCCCCCGUCAGGGACGGCGAGACCAUGUCCCUGGUCGCGCAGAUCCGCGCCGCCGCCAACGCCGGCGACAAGGAAGCUGCUGGGAACCUCGGCGGGAUGCUCGUGUCGUGCACCAACUCCAUCACGGGGCUGGCGACCUUCGGCGACGGCUGCAGCGCCGAGCGCAAGGAGCAGUUCCUGUCGGCGGUCGCCGUGGCGCUGAGCCACAGCUUGGGUUUCUGCGUCUCGGACCUCUUCCCGUCGCUGGGGUUCGUCGACGUCCUCACCGGGACGAGACGCCGGCUGUGGAGGGCGCACCGGCAGCUCGAUGAGCUGUUCGACAAGAUCAUCGACGAGUGCGAGGCGAGGUGGAAGCGGAAGGACGAGUCGGCAGCUGCAGGAGAUAACCUUCUGAGCAUCAUGCUGAGGGUCCGGGACAACCACGAGUUGGCCUUCCCCUUCGGCAACGCAAACAUCAAGGCCAUCAUAGUGGAUUUAUUCAUAGCAGGGACAGAGACAAUUUCGUCCGCUGCCGAGUGGGUCAUGUCGGAGCUAAUCAGACAUCCAGAGGCCAUGGCGAAGGCACAAGCUGAGGUUCAGACAGCCUUCAACAACAUCAUCCCACAGCAUCACGAGUCUCACAUGGACGGGCUACACUACACGAGGCUGGUGAUCAAGGAGACACUGAGGCUUCACCCAUCCGUUCCCCUCCUCCUGCCCCGCAUCUGCCGGAACACCUGCGACAUCGGCGGCUUCGAGGUCGCCCAAGGCUGCAGGGUGGUGAUCAACGCGUGGGCGAUGGCGAGAAGCCCCGAGUACUGGGGCGACGACGCCGAGGAGUUCAGGCCGACGAGGUUCGAGACCAGCAGCGUCGCCGCCGCCGCCGCCGACUACAAGGGCACCGAGGAGUUCCAGUACCUGCCGUUCGGCAGCGGGAGGAGGAUGUGCCCUGGCUCCGCCUUCGGGAUGGCCACGCUGGAGCUCGUCGUGGCGAGGCUACUCUACUACUUCGACUGGAGCCUGCCGGGGGGGAAGACGAUGAUGCCGCCGGAGGAGCUCGACAUGGAGACGGUAUUUGGAGCGACGGCCAAGAGACGCAACCAGCUGCACCUUGUGGCGACUCCGCGUGAUGUCGUCGUUCCCGUCUAAAAUUCAACAGUGGUCUUGUCCGUUUCAUGCAUGUGUUGUGGGAAACAAAGCAUUCAAAGGUUUCAGUGCGAAGUGCAUUGUCACAUAUGUUGGCGUUGCAGUUGUGUGAAAAAUGACAGGAGAUGAUGCAUGCACGUGUUCUCUUUUCGUUUGGAUGUCUCUCUAUGUGGGAAUGGCAUUGUAACAUAAUUUGCUGGUGUAAACAAAAUGGUAAUGUUUGUUUGUUAAAUUAAAUAAAAAAGAGUCGACAC